AUGUCCGAAUUCACUACCCGCAGAUAUUUUGACAACAUCUACAUUCCCGCUGGCCUGAUCGUCUUCGGAUGCUUCAUCACCAAGCGCGAAUGGACGCCGUACGCUGUUGCCCUGGCGCUCGCCCUGGCAGCCUACAAGUUCAACGCAAUGCAGAUCAAGAAGGUCCUCAAGCCCGAUGCCUUCCAGGACUUUGAGCUCAAGGAGAAGACCAUCAUCUCGCACAAUGUCGCCAUCUACCGCUUCAACCUCCCCAGCGAGAAGAGCAUCCUCGGCCUCCCCAUCGGCCAGCACAUCUCCAUCGGUGCCAACUGCCCCCAGCCCGAUGGCACCACCAAGGAGAUUGUGCGCUCCUACACUCCCAUCUCCGGCGACCACCAGCCUGGCUACUUCGACCUCCUGAUCAAGUCCUAUCCCACCGGUAACAUCUCCAAGUACAUGGCGUCGAUGAAGGUCGGACAGACGCUCAAGGUCAAGGGUCCCAAGGGCGCCUUCGUCUACACCCCGAACAUGGUCCGUCACUUUGGUAUGAUUGCCGGCGGUACUGGUAUCACUCCCAUGCUUCAGAUCGUCCGCGCUGUCAUUCGUGGCCGCCCCACAGGUGACAAGACCGAGAUUGACCUCAUCUUCGCCAACGUCACCCCUCAGGAUAUCCUGCUGAAGGAGGAUCUGGAUGCCCUCGCCAAGGAAGACGCUGGCUUCCGCGUGCACUACGUUCUUGACAAGCCCCCUGCGGACUGGACCGGCGGUGUUGGUUACGUCACGGGCGACAUGAUUACCAAGCUUCUUCCCAAGGCUGCCGACGACGUCAAGCUUCUGCUUUGCGGGCCCCCGCCCAUGGUCAGCGGACUGAAGAAGACGGCUGAGAGCCUUGGCUUCAAGAAGGCCCGCCCCGUGAGCAAGCUCGAGGACCAGAUCUUUGCUUUCUAA